CCGAUGAGUGUGGAAUGGGUUUUAGUUUAGAACUUCCUUCCCCCAUAGCAUAGCCGAGUUUCAGGUUUGCGAAUGCUGCAUCGUCGUCUGUCGUACUGCUGGCCUCGAGGCAGGCCGGUGUUGUAGUGAAUCUAGGUGCGGUAUAUCCAACGUUCAGGACGUGCAAUUACAAUGGGUUCCGCGUGGCCACGAACGCGCCGAACGUGCACCAUUUCCAUUGUGUCAAUGAGCGCAACAUGCUUGCGAAGCUUUCCCAUGCGCUUACCGUGUCUAUUUGGCGUUUGCCAAACGUGCGGUACGAGCGCGAAUGGAGCGUGUUCAGAUCCUGUACGCUGGCAGGCACAUCGUCGUACGGCGAAGCAAUCCGUCCGAACGUGCUAGCAGCGGCCGACUGUAACAACAACGCCGGCGAACUGAACUACAACUCACUGCUGAUGAUGGCGGCUGCUGCUGCUGCUGCUGAUGGUUGGCCGAUGGAUUGCAAUAGUUUGGCAAGCGAUCGUGUUGGAACAACGCCGGCAGCGAGCACCUCGCUUGCGUUUGCCAACAGCAGCUUAUCGCUAAUUCAAACGAUGUGCAGUUUGUUUGCCAACAUGGAGCAAAGCCUGGACGAGCUAUGCUACACGUUCACCAACAUCGUCGACACAGUGGGCGCAACGAGUGUGCCUCAAACGAUCGGCAGCAACGUGCCGGAUGAUGAGCCGAUCCAACACUAGUACCCCAUUGUUUUGCUUUUCUUUGCGUAGUUGUUCUGUCCUGUUUCUAUCGCUUUCUAGAGUUGUUCAACAUAUUAUUAUUACACCUUUCUUCAAACCACUAUUUUCG